AAGGUACCGCUCCUUCAGCAUCUUUCCUAAGGAGCAUCCUAAGGAGCUCCUGACUUGCAAUGAAUGGGACGCAAGUAUGCAGCCUGAAACAAGUUAACGCACAACAUUAACGGCACAUUCCUCUUAAUAAAAAAACGACGGAACUAUGAAUCUGGAUAAAUCCUUGGAGACAUCGGAUUCCACAAAGAGUAUGACAUUUUGAAGAAACUGGGAAAAUUAUCAGUGGAUUUUCAUCUUUCUUGACUGAACCUCUACCACUGUGAGGAUGCCGGUUUUGAAAAGGGAGCAAGCAAGAGAUGUGGGAGAUCCAAGUGGCCUCCCGAAGCUCCCAGUGCCACCCUUGCAGCAAACACUGGACAUGUACCUGAAGUGCAUGAGUCACCUAAUACCAGAGGAGCAGUUCAAAAAGACAAAGGUAAUUGUAGAGAAAUUUGGAGCACCUGGUGGGAUUGGAGAAUGUCUUCAGAAAAAGUUACUGGAGAGAAGUGAAAAUAAGGCCAAUUGGGUGUAUGACUACUGGCUUGAAGACAUGUAUUUGAGCAACAGAUUAGCACUACCUGUCAACUCCAGUCCUGUGAUGGUCUUUCCCAAGCAGAACUUCACGAGUCAAAGUGAUACCCUCAGAUUUGCUGCUCAUCUCAUUUCUGGUGUAUUAGAGUAUAAAUCUCUUAUAGAUGGACGUGCCCUCCCUGUAGACUAUGCUCGUGGGCAGCUGGCUGGGACGCCCCUGUGUAUGGAUCAGUACAAUAAGGUCUUCACCUCCUACCGUCUGCCAGGGCCAAAAAUUGACACUUUAGUGGCUCAGAAGAGCACAGUUAUGCCUGAGCCUGAACAUAUAAUAGUGGCUUGUAAGAAUCAGUUUUUUGUUCUCGACGUGGUGAUAAACUUCCGUCGGUUGAAUGAAAAAGACCUUUAUACUCAACUGGAGCGAAUCAGAAAGAUGGCAGACAUUGAAGAGGAGCGUCUGCCUCCAAUCGGUCUGCUCACAUCAGAUGGCAGAACACAGUGGGCCGAGGCUCGCAGCGUGCUGAUCAAAGAUUCUACCAACAGGGAUUCUCUGGACAUGAUUGAGCGCUGUCUGUGUCUGGUGUGUUUGGACGAGCCGUCUGGCACUGAACUGACUGAUACCAACCGAGCUUUACUGAUGCUCCACGGAGGGGGGAUGGACAAAAAUGGGGGCAAUCGCUGGUAUGACAAGCCCAUGCAGUUUGUAAUAGGUGCAGAUGGAUGCUGUGGUGUUGUAUGUGAACACUCCCCUUUUGAAGGAAUAGUGCUCGUGCAAUGUUCAGAAUAUCUUCUGAGAUACAUGAGAGGAAGCCCUUCUAAGCUUGUGAGGGCAGCCAGCAUGAGUGAGCUUCCUGCCCCCAGACGACUGCGCUGGAAAUGCUCACCAGAUAUCCAAGCGUUCCUCACAGCCUCAGCAGACAAAUUACAGAGACUUGUGAAAAAUCUGGACAUGAAUGUCAACAAAUUCACUGGUUAUGGCAAAGAGUUCAUCAAGAAACAGAAAAUGAGCCCUGAUGCUUAUAUUCAAGUUGCCCUCCAGUUUACAUUUUACAGAUGUCAUGGACGUCUAGUGCCCACCUAUGAAAGUGCAUCAAUACGCCGCUUUCAAGAAGGACGAGUUGACAACAUUCGCUCCUCCACACCUGAGGCCUUAGCAUUUGUGAAAGCUAUGGCAAAUAGCUCCAAAACCACUGAUGCUGAGAAAAUGGCGUUGCUUUGGACUGCCAUUAAAGCCCAAACCAAUUACACAAUUCUAGCAAUCACUGGGAUGGCAAUAGACAAUCACUUGCUGGGACUGCGAGAGAUUGCCAAGGAGCUGAAACUAGAAAAGCCAGAGCUGUUUUCUGAUACAACUUAUGCCACCAGCAUCCACUUCAUUCUCUCUACAAGCCAGGUUCCUACCACUGAAGAGAUGUUCUGCUGCUAUGGUCCUGUUGUCCCUAAUGGCUACGGAGCCUGCUACAAUCCUCAGACGGACCACAUCAUCUUCUGCGUGUCAAGCUUCCGUGACAGUGCUGAGACCAGCUCAGAUUUGUUUGUGAAGACUCUUGAGGGGUGCCUCAAGGAAAUGCAAGAUCUAUGCCUAAAAUGCAACAGUGAAGCUAAACCAAUUGACUCCACGGGAAAGAUGGACGGAAAUACCAAGGUAAUGAAGAAUGGAAGCAAGUCAUAGCGAGAAGCUACAUCAUUUGAAUCAUAUGGAAGAUGCAGAAACCACUGUGACUGUACAAAUAUCGACAUUUUGGGAGAAAAUAAGAUUCUCAAAAACAAGGCCCAUUUUAUUACCAACAGAUAUAGAUAGUCACUUGACAAAAGUAGAUCUAUUAAGUUAUUUUGCAUUAUUUGGCCUAUGAGAGCAUAUACAAAUUAAAAAGGAGUAGAUGAAAUUUAGCAGAUAUACUGUAUAGUAAACUAUGUCAUCUUCAAUAUGACCUGACUCUAAGAAUCCUACCCAGCUUUGCAGUCUGUCUAAGUGUAUAUUAAUAGUUGACACUGUCAAAGGCAGCAUUAAUAGGAUAGUUCACCCAAAAAUAAAAAUUCAGUAAUUAUUUACUUACCAACAUGCCGUUCCAAAUCUGUAUGACUCACUUUCAUCUGUGGAACACAAAAGAAGAUAUUUUUAAGAAUGUUUCAACAGUUUUAUCAACAACACUGAAAAAUUAUUAUGAGGGCCGCCUUGAUGCUUGUAGCUGGAAACUAAAUUGGAAAUUGUACUAAAAAAUGACAUUCUCAAUUAUGCUGCCUUUGAAAAGCUGUACUAUAUCUACUUGAUUAAUAUGCACAUGUAAACUAUGAUAUGAUAACCUAUAGCUGUUUACAAUCUACACCAGUUUUUUUAUGGUCAUGUCAUAGUUACCAUAACUUAUGGUUAUAGAUACCAGUCAAAAUAUAGUACUCUGAAUGACAACCCUGUGGAACUGGACCAGAAGCUGCUAUUUAACUUUGUCUUUGUGAGUCUCAUCUAUUGCAUUUUAAAGUUUAUUUAAUGUAUUUUUAAAAAAGGAUCUGUAUAUAUAGCAAAGUCUAUUUUAAUUCUGCAGUAUACGAACAAAAUGUCAGGACCAGGCAAUAUAAUUUAUACUCUAUGGUAUUAUAGCUUUAAAGUGUGCUGUGUUUUAUGUGUUCUAUAAAUUGAGAAUUCUUACUUACUUGGUCAUAUUCUGAAAUGCUGAAAGGUCCUAAAAACAAGCCAGUUUGCAUAAAUAAUUAAAAAAAUAUAGCAAUAUCAGAAACAUAUGAAGCCAAGAAGAAUGGUUUAAUCACAGUGUCAAAUUAAGCUUUUUUUUUUUUUUUUAAAGUACAAUCAUUGUUGUGUAUGUGAAAAUGUGCUUAUAUUACGUCUGAAAAUGAUACUGACAUGUGUUGCACACUAGGUCUAUACAAUAUUCCUAAAAAAUGAACAAUACUUGAUGUCUGUCUAAUGUACAUAGAUAAAGACUGAAGUGAGAGUAUGCUUUAUAUUGUGAACACUGUAAACAAAUGUGUCUAAUUUGUAUAUCCUACAUGUUGAUCCAGUCAUCAUAGUAAUUGUGAAGUAGAUAAAAAACAGUGAUGCCUUGAGAAAUUCAUUUUAGCACUUUAUAACUAGAUCAAAUAUGUACUGUAGCUUAGCUAAAAUAGACUAAUGAAGCACUCAAUCAUGUUACAAAUACUAGAGUACAUAUAAAGUAUAUACAAAGAGAGAAAAUAUGGAUACUAGAGAAAUUAUAGCCUUAGCCCAAGUUUUAGUAAUAGAAUAUGUUUGUUGAUUAUCAUGACAUCAUGUUAAGCAUGAAUACUAGUGAACGGGCAAAACAGAAAAUUCAUGAAAAAAUGAGGAUGUAACCGAAUGUAUGUAAUGUCUAGUGGUGGAGUGCUGAAACUGUGAUGUUAUUUAACUCUGGGAUAUUUAUUUUUUCAAAAAGAGUUUUCAAAAGAUAAAUUGUCUAUUAAUCAAUAUCACUGUAUCCUAAUGAUGCCAUAAAAAGUAGCUACUAAU